ACACCACUGAGUUGGAUUUGAAUGCCCCCCUAGGGGUCAUCUAGAUCAACCCCCUGCAAUGCCUGGGGCUCAGCGUGCCCACCUUGAAAUUGCACGUCGCCCCUUCUGUGCCACCCUACAAAUUAUUAUUUUUCCCUGGCCCUGCAAGAGCCACCAGGAUCCUCGAGGGCUCCCAACCCGACGUGGCACACUCAUUUUAUUUUUUUACGUGGCAGGCUGGACUCCCUUGCUCUGCCAAUUGCCGUGCCCGCCUGCCAGGCCUUCCCUUGGGCUGCGAGCCCGGCCCCAAAGGCGCCUCCUGGCAACCGGGGGAUAUUGCUAUGGAGACGUCUGCCAGCAAACUCAGGAUCGCCGCCAGCUCUGUGCAAGGAAGUUUGCCAGGCAGAGCUCAGACGCCACCAGGAAGCAGAAGACGAAACACACCCAGAUUCCCCGGCGCAGAGGUCAAAAUGGAGACGGGUGCCAUCGUGAAACUCCGGGCCAAGUGUCUGGAAAGAGGAGCCUCAGGGAUUAAGGGGCUGGCCAGGUUUUUCCGGGUCAUGGAUGACGACCGGAGUAAAACUUUGGACCUGGAGGAAUUUGUGCAGGGGCUCCGCGACGCAGGGGUCCCCCUGGAACGGUCCGAGGCGCAGGAGAUUUUCGCCUUCUGCGACAAGAACCGGAGCGGCACGCUGGACUUUGACGAAUUCCUGGAGGCCUUGCGGCCCCCCAUGUCUGAAGCCAGGAAGGAGGUCAUCCGCCAGGCCUUCCAAAAACUGGAUCGGACAGGCGACGGCCUGGUGACGGUGGAGGACCUCCGUGGGGUCUACAACGGCCGCUGCCACCCCAAGUUCAAGAGCGGCGAGUGGACGGAGGAGCAGGUCUUCCGUUCUUUCCUGGACAGCUUUGACUCCCCAGAUGACAAGGACGGGAAGGUGACGGCCGAGGAGUUCCUGAACUACUACAGCGCAGUCAGCGCCUCCAUCGACAGCGACGACUAUUUCGUGGGCAUGGUGAAAGCCGCCUGGAAGAUUUAGCGAGAAGGGAAGAAAAACCCAGCCAAGCAAGCAAGGACUUAUCCUUACAAGUUUUGUCUCUCUUUUUUUUUAAUGUAAUUUCCAAAUACAUCUGAUAUGACAAUUGUACAGAAAUCUUCCAAAACA